UUUAUCUCAUUUUACUUCUAGAAACUGAAACACCUAUGUAAAGUCAGAAAGUUGAGAUAUAUAAAUCUGAAUAAUUUAUAAACUGCCGAACUGUGUUGUUGACUUUUGCAGAUGUUGAAUGCAAAAAUGUCCCAUUUCAUGACAUCAAGGGUCAGCCCUCUUGGUGUUUUAUCUGUAUACUUCAUUGUAGCAUCAGCAAGUGCAAGGGUUGGAUAUGAAGUAGAGUCAAAGAAUGAGGAUGAAGAAGUAUGCAAAAGUGAUGUGGAUGGAGCGGAAUAUCGAUGUGCUGUUGGACAUUGCUGUGCUGACGCAAACUGUUGUACUUAUUAUUAUGAACUUUGGUGGUUCUGGCUGAUAUGGAUGAUGAUUAUUCUCAUGAGCUGCUGUUGUGCUUAUCAUCAUCGCAAGAAACGUCAAAAUUUACGAUCUCGUAGAAAUCGUACUAUGAUGCAAGGACAAUAUGCUGCUGCAUGUAGUUAUCCAGGACCACCUGUCGACAAAGGAACUCUUGGUUUCUGCAAACUUCCAAAGUAUGAUGAAAUCAUAAGGAUUCCUCCUUCUGGCUCUCCACCUCCUCCAUACAGAUCUCACAGAAAUCUAAACACAAUAGCUGCAAUUGAAGCAAACUCCGAAGGGGUUGCAUCUAUGAAAUUUUUGUCAUAUAAUGACUUGACGUCAUCAGUUUUGUCAUUAGUAACGUCAAUUGGAUUCAAUUUUGGUCAAAGAUCUUCACAUAGGCAGUCGAAUAUGAGACCGCAAGCUUAUGACAGUCCUGAUGUAUCACUGUCUGAUAGUUCAUCAACGUUUGGAAAUAUUGAAGAUGAAAUCAACAACAACACGGUUCCACAGCAUAAGCACAUUGUUCACAUUGUAAAUUGCCAUCAAAAUCCUCUACAACGUGCAGAGACUGAGACUAAUUUUGUUGCUACCAGUGAACAAACAAUUCUACUAGAAGAAACCCCUUGCACAUCAGCCAAUCGUUCGAAAAGUUCGCCGCACAUUUCCCGUCUCAUAGGUGCUUGUUCUCAGGAAGCACCGCAAGAUAAUGCAUCGCCGCUCCCACAAUCAGCCCACUGAUAAAGAAAUUUGGAAACCAAAACGUGAGGAGCCGUCACGCGUUGCAAAAAUAACAGGGAAAAUUUUUGCUAAAUCAUUAGCAUCAUCCGAUGCAGAAAAGCAAAAUUUAAAUUUCGACGGAAAUGAUGAUAGUUCAGAUGAAGAUACCGAUGGUCCUAUUUUCUUUGAAAUUGAUGAAAAUAACAAUGAUUCUAUGCAGUCUGUUUAUUCUGCUUUCAGCUCAAAAUGUUCUGCUAAGAAACAUAAAGGCAAAAAUAUAGUGUGAUGACCAUUUUGUGAAGAGAUCUACACUCUUUAAGUUCAAUAUUUGGGUAUUUUCCUACCAAUAAAUCUAUACUAGAUAAUAAUCUACAAGUACACAAAAGUUGAUAGUGGAAUUUAUAAAUGUACAAUGUACUUUCCAUCCAUUAACAGAUCAGAAUUGGUAACAUUAACAGAAAUGAAUUUGCCAUGAUGUGAUUCGUUUACUGUGAUAUUAUGUAUUUUUGCAUAAUAUUAUUCUGGAAUCUUCGUAUAGAAGUUCUUAGAUAUAUGUAAAAAUUUAUACACAUUUCUAUCUAUGUACUACAAGUCAUUGCGUCCAUGGUUUUGCAUAAAGCCUAAUUCAUCAUAUUUUGGUGAAUUUUUAAUUCAUCAUAUUUUGGUAAAUUUUCAAACAUCAUUUUUGGAGAAGUCUUAAUGCAUCAUUUUUGGAGAAGUUUUAAUUCAUCACAUUUUAGUGAGUUUUCUUUCAAGCAUCUUUUUUGGUGAAUUUUAAACAUCAUUUAAGUUGCUCCCAAGGCAAAAAAACUUUGGAUUCACAUUUAUCACUGAUGUUUUCUUAAACAUUCUACUCUUCCUAUUCAUAGCUUACAAUACCUAUUAGACAAUUUUUUUUUUUUAUAUUUUUGGAUCAAUUGCUAAAUGGGCAAUGUUCAUAGGUAUCAAUUGAGUGGAGUUGGAGCUGAAAUGUCAUGCGCUAUUCAUGCAUAAUUUUUAUAUGUUCCACUUGGCAAUUCUGGUGUUGGACUGACCAUUUCGGUUUUCUCAUUAAUGUGGUUUCUUAUGAUUCAAGAAGACCAUGUCAUAUUGACAGCUAAGAAUCAAUACUGUCAAAUGUCACGCAAGUGAUGUUAUUUUGUUUCUCAUAUUCAUUUUCUUUAUAUGUUGUAUUAUUGAUUUCAGGUGUCACGCUAUUAAUUCUUUAAGGUGAUUUGAGUUUUUAUUAGUGAAUUUGUAGUGGACUUAUCACUUACUAUUAAAUUGCUAUUAAAAAGCUGCCGUUUCUUUGAAUAAUCUCAUCUAUUGCUAUAUUUUGAUGUCAUUUUACCUUUUUGUGUUUUUCUUUUAGUUGUUUAUUAAAACCGGUAGAAGAUUUUAUUUUUUGCAAUGCGAUUUUAUCGCCCUUUAAAAAUUUCUUUGUUCCAUUUUACAUAUGAUUAGUACAUAGAGUUAGAAACAAAGGGACGAUCGAGUUUGAUCGUAUACAAAAUUUUAAAUCAUUUUCGAUUUAAUUAAUUUAAAGAAUAGAUUCUGAGAAAAGUUCAUGCAAUUAUUUUUCUACCUGUUUCGUUUACUUUCUUUGUUCUUAUACAUAUUACAUUACACUUUUUAUUAAAGCUUCUCAUUUUUAUUCUAACCAAUGAUUAUAUUGUUCAUUUUAUAUAGCUGGACUUAAAAUAUGCCUGCAAGGUUUAA